AUGGGAUUGGGGCUUCGUAAUGUAGAAACAGAGCUCAAUGCUCUCAAGCUAAACAGUCUUUUUAGAAUUCUUAAUUCUAAAGUUAAAACCACAACAAGCAUUAUAGCAGAAGACUGGCUGGCAAAGCAAUCAUACAGCAAAGACAACAAUCACUGUUUAUACAUCCAACCAGACAACCCAUACCUCAAACACAUCAAUACCCUCCUAAAAAAGUACAACUGCUCCCUCAACACUAAUAUACAACAAAUAGAUUAUAGCGAGAGAGCGUUAUACCCAGCAUUUUACUUGUCGAAAACUCUUGAUCGACUCAAGACUUGCUAUCACUCAACAACAAUACAGACCCUCCUUGAACAAGACAAUACAUUUAUUUCGCGCAGGAAAGCACGACAACUAAAUUUAGAGCUAGGAGAGUCUGAACUAGAAAAUGUAAGAAAGCAUAUCUGCUCUGGUAGCAGACCUUACAAGCUCCGUAGUGACAUUGAGGAAUUGCUAGACCACUUACAACAAAAACAACAACAACAACAACAAAACAACAAUCUAAUCAAUGAAGAGGAAAAUGCUCUCACCUGGACAAUAUUCACAGAUGGCUCUUGCCAAGCGCCUACAACCCACCUCUCACCAUCACUGGAAACGCUACUUCCCAAAUCACCCAAUCGUAUCAAAGCUGGGUGCGGUGUCUAUAUUCCUCCACCACCACCACCACAACCCAACGACAACAACACGACUCUAGUCAUUGACGAGGCAACUUUUUUAUCGACCAACCCAACUGCCUCUUGCAAUAGUUUUUCAUUUAGAGUAAACAACACUCAGACAAUCAACAAUGCUGAACUAUCAGCCAUCAACAAAGCACUAAGAUCAGUCCCCCCAAAUCACCACCUCACCAUCAAGACAGACAGCCAAGUCUCGAUAGACGUCACCCGUAUAGUUACACAAGCAAAUUCAAUCACACCAAUUUUAGGCCAACCUUUUGCGCCAGUAGCGCUAGAUAUUCUAAACAUUAUCAACACCAGGAACAUCAACAACGCAACAACCAAAUUGGAAAAAAUUAAAGCCCACUUAAAGGUUAACGACGAGUCGUCACUAGAGGAUAGGCAAAACAUCUUUGGUAACGACCAAGCAGAUGCUCUUGCCAAAGCAUCACUUAACCUUGAUGACCCAACACCAAACACAAAUCCUCUUCCCUUUUUCUUCACCACCAACUUCACUCCAGAGACCGAGCAUGAACGAUUUAUCCCAAAUAUCAAAAGAUAUGUCAGAAUGGUAGAUCAAAAUUCUAAUCAUAUCGAAUGGAGCAAGAAAAGUACACAAAACAAAAUGCUAUCAACAAACUUCGAUAAACAACUAUACAGAAUCAUAAUUAAAAAAAUGCCCAACUAUUUAUUUAAAUUCCAACGUCAACUCUAUAUCACAACUGGGCCAUGGAGGCACUCAAUAUUUAUAAUGAAACAGAUCACCUCUGGCCAUUGUCUAUAUUGUAUGGACAACAACAUCAACCCAGAAGAUCCUCCCAUGGACUCCCCAUUCCACACGCUUUUUGAAUGUCCCCAAGCAUGGUCUCUCAUCGAUCCAAUUCAAGAAUGCUUUAACAAGGCAUUUGAAAAGCAACGCUUCAGGAUCAGCCCGACCGAGUCCUGGCUAUCACACUUUACAGACAAUAACACCAACACAGCCUACCUAAUGUUAAUGGGCACUCCUCCAACUACCUUUUCAUCAAUAUUCAACACCUAUUUCUAUCGCUGUAAAAAUACAGUUAUGUACCAUAGUCUAUGCCAACAAUUAUUCACCAGUCUUGGUAAUUUUGGUUCCAGCUAUACUCUUCCCGUUACCACACAUGCCUAUGUGGCUAAAACAAGUAACAAAGCCUCUGGCUCAAACACCAACUUUAUCACAGAUUAA